AUUUACCCCAGUGUAGAUACAGCUCUGACGUCAAUGCGUUUAUGGGCAUGCAUACAAGGAUUGAAAAUAAACAAAGACCGAAAGCGGCUGAUUUGAUCAUUAAGCUGCCAUAAACAUAACUUACAAUACUUUCAGGCCAUUUUUUUUAAAGCUACUACAAACACCCAGCAUCUGAAUCAAGACGUCCCUACGGCCAUGGAAAACGCAUUGUUGAUGCGAGUGAGUGUUUUCUCCGACCAGGGAGGCAGGAAAUACAUGGAGGACGUUACCGAGGUUGUAGUGGAGCCCGAGUCGGGCGAAGACGAGCUGAACUCGGACGAACAAGAUGAGGCCAAAGGGGAUAGCUCCACGGUCGACAUUAUGCCUGGAAACGAGCAGCCUGAUCGGACUGUACACAACGAGCCUCUAUCUGCCUCCACUACAGUUGCACGGACACAAAAUGUACAAAAUGGGGACCAAAGUUGUGCUGCAGUUGCACUGGCAGUUUCGACAGUGGAGAGCGAUAACCGGCCCCAGCGCUCCGUGGCUUUCUUCGCGGUGUUUGACGGCCACGGAGGCCGAGAGGCAGCGCAGUUUGCACGGGACUAUUUAUGGGAAUUCAUCAAGAAACAGCGGGGCUUUUGGUCCAAGGAUGACGAGGAAGUGUGUGCAGCUAUUCGGAAAGGUUUCGUUGCCUGCCACCAUGCCAUGUGGAAAAAGCUGCCCGAAUGGCCCAAAACUCUCACAGGGCUUCCCAGCACCUCAGGCACCACGGCCAGUGUAGUGGUCAUCCGGGGGUACCGAAUGGACGUGGCCCACGUAGGAGACUCUGCCAUAGUGCUGGGGGUCCAGGAUGACCUCACAGACCAGUUCAUCAAGGCCGUGGAGGUUACACAGGACCACAAGCCCGAGCUGCCCAAGGAGAGGGAACGCAUCGAAGGGCUGGGGGGCAGUGUGAUAAAGAAGUCUGGUGUGAACAGGGUGGUGUGGAAGAGACCCAGGUUAACUCAUAACGGCCCCGUCCGGAGGAGCACCGUCAUCGAUCAGAUCCCUUUCCUGGCUGUGGCCAGAGCUCUGGGGGACCUGUGGAGCUAUGACUUCUACAGCGGAGAGUUUGUCGUGUCCCCGGAACCAGACACCUGUGUCCUGACCCUUGACCCCAAUAAACACCGUUACAUCAUCCUGGGCAGUGACGGGCUGUGGAACAUGGUGCCCCCACAGGACGCCGUCUCCAUGUGCCAGGACAACGAUGAGGCCAUGGCGCCGUGCGGGGUGUCCAGCGCUCGCCAGCUGGUGAGCCACGCCCUCCUGCGGUGGCGCCAGAGGAUGCUGCGUGCGGACAACACGUCGGCCAUCGUGAUCGCCCUGCAGGAGCCGGGGGUCCCUCAGGAACCCCUCCACCACGAGGAGGUGCUGCUGAACCUGGCCGAGGGACAGCACUGUGGCCCCACAUCGGACUCCCGCUCCAACACACCACUCGUCAAGGUUCCAGACAUGUCGCCUGCUGUGUGUGAGCUCCUUCCGACCCUGGAGCGUGGACACGGCCUAUCAGGGAGCAGCCUGUACGUCCUGGCCCAAUCAGAUCCCUUUAACCCGGCCCUCUCAGACUCUGAUGACUCCCGCACCGGUUUCCCCCCGACGACAGACAGCCCCGCCCCGGGGGAGGCGCUUAGUGACGUCACCGCCAGGACGCCCGGCGGCAAACGGACUCUAGAUGAUGACACGUCACCCAACCCAGUCCCGUCCGCCAAGAGGAACCGGAGGAAGAAUGGCGAGGGAACGUUGGCGGGGCCAAACGGUAGUGGAGUAAAGGACCAGUCUCUGACUCCGCCCCCCACCAACGGUUCCCCCACGCUCUUCCAGCAGCAACACGGCAAGGCCGCCGUGUGUGUGUGCUGAGAGACACACACACACACACACACACACACACACACACACACACCAUAGACGGACUAACAGACACAAGACAGACACUAGCAUUCUGCCUUUUCCAACAACCUUUUACAAACGACUCUGACUGACUGAGAGUCCCUUUCAGGGUCGUUAUUCCUCUGUUUGGUGACACCUACUAGUCACAGUGCCAUUAUUACAUAUUGGUAUUGUGUUCUGCACCUGUCCUCUGUUAUCUUUCGUCUUACUCUGUUCCCUGGGCUGGUGGAGAAUGAUUUUAAGUGGUGGUCUGUCAUGUAAAUAAUUUUUAACCCCCCGUAAGUAACUCUUGUAACUCUUGUGAUGCAAAGAAAGGUGAACAUUUUCAAAACGGCUCUUGUAAAAAUAAAAAAUAAAGUUUUCCCAAAUUAACCACAACAUUUGGGGGUCGACGGGUACUUCCAAAAACAAAAGUUUGGAAUAACGCCCCUCCCCCGGGGCGUGUCUGUCUGGGUGAUGGUUAACGUGUGAACGUCCACAAAGAUAAGAUAUCUCGCACUCAUUAUGUCGUGACUAAAUCUUUUUAUUUUUAUUUUUUGAGAUUUGUUUUGGGGACAGAAAAAAAUCACCCAAAGUAUGAAUUUAUCCAAUCUGUAAAUAUUCUGCACAUCUUGACAUGGGUUCAUUAAUAAAAUACAUGUGUUACUUA